AAAACUGCUUUCCCUAGUACACUUCAACUCAAAGCCCAGGAAAAUGCCAGUGUGUGUGAGAGUGGAAACAUAACGUUAGUGAGAUUGAGAGAUGUAUGUUAGAUAAUCAGUCAAAAGAAGAAAAAAGUUUGAAGAAACUGAAGAGAAACAGAUACCAUCUCAAUUGGGAUAUUUACUGACGUAGUUUAACAGUGUGCUACAGUUACACCACUUGGACCUUUGAAGAGGCACUUUGGUUAUUACAGCAAGAUCUCGAAGGUGACAUUGGACUCACAUGGAACUUUCCGCUUUAAUUCGAGGAUAAUGACCAGCUGAUAAACACCAUGCGCAAGACCUGCAAUAGCAAGUUGACUAUAUCAAGACUCAAGUUGUAAGGUGGUGUAACAAGUCACUGGUUGGAAUUUGGAACUUUUUGUAGUAAUGAUUUGAAUUUGAAAAUAAUUAUUUUGAGUUCAAUCUGUUACUUUGCUAAAUGCAAUUCAGUUUCUUGCUGAGCUAAAAGUACUUACAGCAAAGUUACUGUCCAUUCUGAACAUUCCCAGUUUUCACUGUAAUUUGAUCCCACACACUCUGCAAUAAUUAUAAAGCAGAGCUGGAAAGCAGUAAAGGAGAUUUGUCAUUAAGACUGCCUAAAUAAAGAGGCAGGCAAAGGGCGAGGUUUGUGGAUUCAGCCGUGGAGGUGCAGCAAUACCCGUUUCAUCCAGAUCCACCCAAGAACUGUUCAUGGACCCCCAAGGAGGCCACUAUCUCAACAAGGCAGCGGUGCUGUCUGGACUCGGUGCUGCCCGCUUGUGCCAGCUACUGUUGGGUUGCACCACCAUGGCCCUGGUGGCCCACAGCGCAGGUUUUAGUGCCACCUACGGCACCUUCUGCAUGUUUGUCUGGUGCUUCUGCUUUGCCGUCACUUCUGUCAUUUUCACCAUGGACGUCACAAGGCUGCAAGGGUGUAUGUCCAUCUCUUGGGACAACUUCACCGUGGCCUACGCCAUGUUGGCCACGCUCAUGUACGUCACGGCCUCGGUGGUGUACCCUGUCUAUUUCCUCAGGUCGGAGUGCCCGUCGGAGGGCUGUGAGGUACGUAACUACCGCAUCGCUGUCACCGUUUGCUCCAGCAUCUGCUGCUUUGCUUACGGGGCUGAGGUGUUUAUCACGCGGGCCAAGCCGGGGCAUGUGGUGGGAUAUAUGGCCACUGUGUCAGGCCUCCUAAAGGUGGUCCAAGCCUUCCUAGCCUGCAUCAUCUUUGGCGCUCUGGCUAAUGACAGUGAAUACAACCGGCACAUCCCUACACAAUACUGCGUGGUAGUCUACAGCCUGUGCUUCGCAGUGACAGUGGUGGUGGUGGCUCUCACGGUCUCAGGGAGAACAUCGGCUCUGCGCUUCCCUUUCGACCGCUUCGUGGUCAUCUACACCUUCCUAGCCGUGCUGCUCUAUUUGAGUGCUGCUGUGGUCUGGCCUGUUUUUAGUUUCGAUAAGAAGUACGGGACCCCAGGGCGACCAGAAGACUGUCCAAGAGGAAAGUGCCCAUGGGACAGCAAGCUGGUGGUCGCAGUGUUCACGUUUGCCAACCUGGUCCUGUAUUUUACCGACCUGGUGUACUCUCAAAGAAUACGAUUCGUCUCACAUUCAGCAGCAUAACACCAUCUCAUCUCCAGUCCACUAGCUGUUUAAAUACUGGAAUUUUGAAAAAUACAGCCAACCCAAUAAAAUGCAGUUGCUGUGUACUAGUAUAUGAAAUACCAAAGUGUGUUUUUGUUAUUUUAUUUUGUUGAUUAGAUCUCCUAACUGCUGGGCUUGAACAUGUCAUUCGCUCUUUUCAUAAAAUUAUUACAUUGCUUAUUUGUCAUACCACAGUGAAAUGAAAUCAAAGUAAAUGUGGGUUCAUAUCAACUGCUACCUAGAAAUGACCUCUGUGAAAAUGCAUCCCUGCGAUUUACACUGUAAACCUUAAAUGCAUUGUUUACCCAAAAAUGACAAUGGACCCUUUUCAUAAACUGUGAUAAUGCAUUUUUGCCUUAUUUACAGAGUUUCCACUUUUCUCGACCAAUGAAUUUCCUUAAAAUUUUCCGUCAUUUGUGAUUUCUGGAAACCCAUUUUUAAAAAUCAUUUUAAUUCAGGCUUAUUUGCAAAAGAUUUCAGGGCUGCGUUUCCCAAAAGCAUCGCAAGCUUAAGUUGAUCGCUGAGACCAUUGGCGCCAGUGGUUUCUACGAUCUACUUAGGCCUACGAUGCUUUUGGGAAAUGCGGCCUUGAUCAUUUUGUGAACCAUUUCCACCAAAUAACUGCAAAGAACUGACUCAAAAGAAGGGUUCACUUAUAAACUGGAUUAAUGCAAGGAAGAUCUGCUCUACUAAACGAGCAAUAUUUAUGGGAAGAAAUAUUUUACAGCACAGCAUAACUUGAAAAAUUAAUUUUCACUGUGGAAACUUUCAUGAUUUUUCCAUGUCUUUUCAGAUUUUAUUAAUUUCCAUGACUUGAUAUUUUAAUGUUUUGCAUGCAGUAGUUGAGGGAAUGACAGUAAAUUUGUCAUCACUCUCUCUUAUGACUGCUGUAAUUUACCACUCUCUCUAUUUCUUUCUUUCUUUCUUUCUUUAUCUAUUGGAAAGUUGUGGAAAUGCAAAAGUAGAUUUUUUAUUGUAAAAAAACAUCUCAACACUAAAAAUGUUGUUGUGGCCUGGAACAUAAGUCAUUAUGAGGCUUGUGUUUAGUGCAGUAUAAUGCAUAUUAAUUGCUAUAGGUUUAAUGUGUCAUAUUAUCAUACUUUUAUUAUCAUUCUAACAUAGCAAGCUUGAUUCUGGGCACUGUAAUUUGUACCAUUUGUCAGUUGUUUAUCCAAGUUCCUCUGACUAGGAGAAUAGAGCAUUCUGUAUAACUUUUGGCAUAUUGUUCAUGAAGAUAAAUACCAUGCUUUUUUUUUUUUUUUUUUAAAUGAAGGGCAUGAAUUGGCAUGCUGUUCUGUUUUCAUAUAGCAUCUCUGUUUAACCAGUAUUCAUUAUAUCGUUUUUAACAACUGAAAUCCUUAUAGUGUUGUGUUUUUCUAGAAUUUCACAUUAGAUUUGUGCUCUCAACAUAUUUCAAAAUAUGUCAAAAUAUGCUGGCAUUUUAAGUGGAGGCUGUUGUGUCCAGAUUACAGUUUCGUUCUAGUUCUCACCUCUUCUUAUGUGUUUAAGGACA